AUGGUUGAUAGAUACAAUCUCCGAUUGGAUGUCACGGACGUGCAGAAUCUUCCGGACGGACUAUUAACGCAAGUCGAUUGCACCACCGUACGACUUGGCAGCCUAAAAUAUACUCCAAAUGAGAAGGUUACCAUUUCGUCGAUAGGUGUGUGCAUUGUAGCUCCAAAUGUAUGCCGCCCGGCCAACUUUGUUAGAUUGGAUCUACAGAUGCGUGAAAUCAAAAAAGUGCUUACCCACUUUUCGGGGGCACUGAACGUAAUAUUCUUGUACACGAAGAGCUCUGGCGGUGCGUACGUACGGAAGCAUUUGGAAAUGGAUCCCAACUCAGAUAAGUUGCCCUGCUUCCAACCGGAGCUUCUGUCGAAUAAUCCAACAAAACGAAUUGUCCUGCUGAUGGCAAGCAUUAGCAUGGAAGCGAAAUCAACAAUUCGAAAUAUUUUUCGGCCGAAUCUUUUAGAGGAGAUCAGUAUUAGCGAUGCGAAACAGUUGAUCCGUCGCUGUUGUCCUAGUCGACCGCUGAACACAUCCAAUACCAACAAUUCAACAGCUGUGAAACGUUCUGGUUCCAACGAGGGAAAGCACGAUACGAGAGAAACUCGCGGUAUAUUAUCGUACCCACUCGUGGGCAGGAGUACUUUGAUGAAAAGGGAGGAUUACAUGUGCUUGGCGAAGGAUCAGUACUUGAACGAUGUUGUAAUCGACUUCUAUCUUAACUAUCUGAAGUUGGAAAUGCUCCAGGAGGAGGAACGUCAGAGCGUACAUAUAUUUGGCACAUAUUUCUACGACCGGCUCUCAACCAGCGACGGUAAUGAUCCGGGGUUGUUCGCGGCCCGGAAGCGGCAUGCGCUCGCUGCCAGAUGGACGAGGCGUGAGAACAUCUUUGAAAAGAAGUUCAUUGUCAUUCCAAUCAACGAGCAGUCGCACUGGUUCCUUGCUAUCAUAUGUUUCCCUGGUCUAGAUUAUCCGGUUACGAUGCGCGAUGAAACGCCGGCGCCGAGUAUAUCCGCUGCUGUCACGCAGAAACAAGCGGCAAAGAACGCGCGGCAACCGAUUCAACAACCAUGCAUUUUAAUCUUCGACUCACUGUCGGUUACCUCUAAAAGUCACGUGUUGGCUACACUGCGCGACUAUCUUACGUGUGAGUAUCAGGCAAAAAUGCCCGACAAACGCCCGAAGCGGUUCAAUGAGCACAACAUGCCGGGACAUUGCGUGAAUGUGCCGCAGCAAAACAAUUACACCGACUGUGGACUGUAUCUGUUGCAGUACGUGGAGCAGUUUUUCCUUGACCCCAUACGCGAUUACCAUCUACCAAUCGAGCAGCUAGAAGACUGGUUUGAAACAAUUACCGUCACGAAAAAGCGUGAGGAUAUCUGCAACUUGAUCAAGACAUUGGUAGAAAAACACAACCCUAACGUACUUCCGUUGCCAUCGAUUGAGCUACCUACGCUCAAUGGCAAACUGAUCAUGGAUUUCGAUAACGAAUUUACCAGUGCAUCCGACACGGACAGUAAAACGUCGAAAGAAGGGGAACAGCACCAGUUCUCCUCGUCGAUCGUCUCAAACGAAACAACAACCAAAAUUAAUAAUACUGGCAGAACCUGUUCGAAACGUCCGUUGGAUGGAAAUCGUAAUAGUAUACGCACUAUCUUGCAGCAGCAGCAAGCAUCUGGACAGCCAAAGGUGCCACGUAUCAGCAGUGGCGGAUCAAACGGUGGCCAGUGGUGA